AUGGACAACGAUAAGGACAAUGACAGUUUCUCUGACGACGGAAUUGACGAAUUGCCUCCUAGGACCCUUUUAGAGCUCGAGAGGAAUGCAUACCAGGCGUCGCAGCCGCAACGCCCUGAUUCCAGAAACAGCAGUAUCCAUAUCCCUCCAAACGCCAGAAAUCCAAGCUUUGUUUCCCUGGCCCGCGGAGCUAUCUCCCGGCCUGCCAGCCGCACUCUCAGCCAUGGGCCCGUCUUGCAGGACCCUUCACGGCUCCUGCGCCCGCCAUUGAGUUUUGGAGAUGAAGAUUUUGAAGAUUUGGACGCUGGGGUACUGGACGAUGGUUAUGGCCCGGCUCCGGUUGAAUUACAAAAUGCAAUGUUCCAACAAGAUAAGGUUAAUGAUAGACUACGUCCUGGGGCACAGGAGGUUGAGCCACGUCCAGAUCAUAGAGCAAAAAACAUUGCGAAUGGAAAUACCGCCGGUCCCGCCGCGCAACAACACGCGGUGUCACUUGGGGACACUAUUGUAAUGAGUGGCGUGGAAGAGAUGGCUACAGAUGCGAUGUCUGGGCUGAAAUUGAAGCGAUGA